CACCAUGCAGCUGCUUUCCUCCCUGGGCUGUUUCCUGUGCCUUCUGGCCCUGGUGUCUGCAUGUUACAUCAAGAACUGUCCCAGGGGAGGUAAGAGGUCUAACCUCCGCACAGACAUCAGGCAGUGUGCUCCUUGCGGUCCCAACAGCAAAGGCCAGUGUUUUGGAAGUAACAUCUGCUGUGGUCAGGAGAUUGGCUGCUACAUGGGAACCCUGGAAGCACAGUCCUGCAAGGAGGAAAAUCAACUGCCUUCACCUUGUGAACCUGCUGGAAAACCCUGUGGUGAAGGUGAUGGGAAAUGUGCCAUACCUGGGCUCUGCUGCGAUAAUGAGAAAUGUGCCACGGACACUGCUUGCCUGGAGAACGCAGGCAAGUCAAUGCGCCGCGUCCUGGGAAGAAACUUGAGCCAGUUAGAUAAUACUGCAGCUGGUCACCUGCUGAGACUUUUGGGCCCCUCGCUCUCAAAGACUGCUGGGAAGAAUUAGCUAAUAUUAAUUAAUAUUUAUAAUGUGCUCCUUUGUUGCCUCUACAUAGAUCUAGUUUUAUCAAGACGGCGGAAAUAAUACUUUUGACUCUACUUAGCUAAUAUUGUAGUCUGAUUACUUUUGUUGGAAGUCAUCAAUAUACAUUA